UGAUUUUGGGGGUUUCUACAUUUGUUCUCUUUGAGAUGGUGACGAUUCCGCCGACGGAGAAAUCAGUAAUGGGAACCCUAGAAAAUGUUUCGCUUCCUCAAACGAAUCCCUCAACGGGCAGUCGUCGGAGAGGGCCACUCAGGAGCCGGACUGUCGAUACCUUACUUCGUAUUUUGUCCGUUUGCCAUGCCUAUUCUUCUAAUGUCAAUCUGGAUUCAGAUAAAGAUGGCACUAAUUUAGGAUCAGUAACAAAAGGUGAUGUUCCCUUGGCUGACACUGGUACCAUGCCUAACGAUUCAGUGUGUCAAGAAGAAAUAUCUGGAGAUGAAACCAGAAGGAUUUUGAGUUCCCAAGAAGGUGGUUUAUACAGUAAACAUGUGGAAUCGACUGGAUGUUAUGAUAACACAUCAGGAGAAAGGAAGGAUCUUUCUUGCAAUGUUGACACAAAUCCUUCAAACUCCUUUAGUAUAGAAGACCAGGAUAAUUAUGAUAGUGUCUUCGAAGAUCAAGAUAGCUUUCCAAUGAUACCCAUUUCUCUUGCUGAUAUGAUGGUCUCUUCCCCUCAUCUGCCUAUAGAUAAGGAUGUUGAGGAAGGAGAAAUUUCGGGUGAGUUUAUGGAUUUCAUGCUUGACGAUGAUAUGGCGUCUAUGGACAAGACAGGUUUAGAGCCUCAAGAUGUCAUUGGUAUUGAACCAGGACAUCUAAUUGACAACAAUUUAAUAUCCUCAGCUACAGACACGGUGGACGACGUUGGUAAAGAUACGGUGUCAGUAGUAAGUAAAAGCAGAAGAAAUCUGGUUGAUUAUUCUGAAAUAGCUAUUAACGGAAUACAGGCUGUAAAUCCUGAAAGGCUUCAUGGUCGGCUUGAAACCGCAGAAGAGACUGCUGGUAUAGAGUCUGGCUGUACACCGCUAUGCCCUGAGCACGUGCCACCGCUUCAAAGCAGCUUACAAAACAGUGCAAGCAAGAAUCAAGAUUGUGUAUCCUCGGUGAAGGAUAAUAGAGCCCAAAAUAAUAGAAAGAGGCAGGGGUCUUGCACUGGAGAAGAAAGAACAAACAAGAAGGGGAAGAAGUCUAUUGAUGCAACAACCUGCUCUGAAAAUCAAACAAUGCUUGGUGAACACCCUGAGGAUGCCUCCCUAGAAGUUACGGAUGCUUCUGCUAACAAGGAUGAUGCUGAUGAGAAGAAAAAGAAGCGGGUUUUGACAAAGGAAAGAAAAGAAAAGAAAAAGCGGAAGGAUAGAAUCAAACGAGCAGAAAAAAACAGAAAGCUUGGUGUCAAAAGGCUGAAACUUCAACCGGUGAUAAAAGAGAAGAAAGUUACAUAUUGCCGUCAUUAUUUGAAGGGAAGAUGUCAUGAGGGUGAGAAGUGUAAAUUCUCUCAUGAUACAAUCCCGUUGACUAAAUCCAAGCCGUGUUGUCAUUUUGCUCGUCACUCUUGUAUGAAAGGCGAUGAUUGUCCAUUUGAUCAUGAACUCUCCAAAUAUCCCUGCAAUAACUAUAUUUCAAAAGGUUUCUGUAGCCGAGGUUCUGAUUGUAUGUUUUCUCAUGAGGCGCAACCAAGUGAAGCAGCCUUAAAUGCUUCGAAUGAGCCAAAGACUGAACGAAAGCCUUCAUCCCUCCUAGAUAAUUCAGGUUCUAAAAAGCAGAAUAACAUUGAUGUUUCUUCUAGAGAAAAGAUAGAAAAAAAAUCUUGUUCCAUACCCAUAUCUGUUACUACCAACACAGAACGGAAUCUAGUUGAGUCUACACCAAAACUAUCUAUUCAACCGCCCAAAGGAAUAAGCUUUCUUUCUCAAGAAAAGCCACCACUAGAAUCCCGCACAUCUCUUAAGGUAGUUGCUGAUGUGGUUCAAGAUUCUAAGGAAAUUACCAAAACUCCCCUUGUAGUUCCCCGUGGGAUAAACUUUCUGUCAUUUGGUAAAAAACCCGGGUUGGAUCAUUCCGAUGGUGGAUUUUCUUUCAAGAUGGUCAAAGGAAUUGGAAAAUCUCCGUUAAGCAUCAUGGAGGGUGAGAGCUCAAAGUCCGAUUCAACUGUAAAGGUCAAUGAUGGUGUCAAAGUUGACGCCAAGAUUGGAAACAACCACAACAGACAGACGAAUUCUCAGAGGCCAACGCUUAUGCUGCCAUUUAUGUCAAAUUCAUCACAGAGAGCGCUUCAUUCGGCUUUAGAUUUCGCAUCUGACUUUGUGCCUGGUGUAAAGGGAAGAGGCCCGAAAAUUUGAGUAAAAAGUUAUGAAAACUUUGAUGAUUAUGUAUUUCGGCUAUGGGCAUACUAAAUUUAAUCAGAGAAGCCUCAAAUGCGCAAAAGUACGUGUGAAGUUUCUUCCUUUCGGGUGUAUCAAUUUAUUUCAUGGUUCUUAUUACGAACAAGUUUGUGUGGUUCUUGUGUAAAUCCCAAAUUUUGCAGCUGGUUAACUCUUAGGCUGUUGAUGAUUGUGUUCCACAAGCUUCAAUGACGGAAUCACACCCUACAGCCGGUCGAGUGGCUGCUGAUUAAAUUUGAUUUAAAUGCAGUUUCCGAGUCUGAAAACGUGCAGAUUUGGCAAUUGUCCCUUUGAAACUUAGGCCAUGGAGGAGAGAGAGGGACUAGGCAAGGCCAUUUUUUGUGUGAAUCUUGAGGGUCGACGCUCCUCUUCUAGUAUGUUGCUGUUUGUGUCUUUCCAGGGCCAUUUUGAGGAUUUUUCUGGCUGUUAAUCUAUCUACGGUUCCCUUGGAAUUAAUCGAAAGGCGUGCAAGUUGACGACUCACUUGGUUAUCUGUUUUCAACUUUGCAUGGGUAGUGUAUCCAAACCAAACUGAACAAACUCUGUUAAUCCCAGAGUCUGAGAAGGGUAGUAUUUAUGUGAGAGGUAGUGAGAGAGAAUGAUGUUUAGGACCAAAAAGCGGGAAGGUAAAAUGGGGUUUUGGGAAGUAUGAUUAUGCUACGGAUUUUCCAAUCUGAGAUGAAGAUUUGGGUUGUGA